AACGUUGCAUAUUAGUUAUUGGCCACGCCCGACGGUUUUUUUGACUUAUUUCAAUUUUCGUUAGUUUAAAAGGUUAUGUUGAUAGUGUUGAUACAUUCAAAGAGAAAAUGUCGGGAGGAGGUGUAAAUAUAUGCAAAGUGACCCCUGAAGUAAAACAAGCUUUGAAAGAAUUUCGGUUCCAAAAAGGGGAAGACACAGCUGCUCUAGUUUUGAAAGUUGACAGAGAAAAGCAGCAAAUAAUACUUGACAGAGAAUUUGAUAGCAUCUCUUUUGAGGACCUUCAAGAAUAUCUGCCAAGUCAUCAACCACGAUACAUUGUUCUCUCAUACCGCCAGAGGCAUAGAGAUGGUAGGGUGUCAUAUCCUUUGUGCUUCAUUUUUUUCACCCCAAGAGACAGUCAUGCAGAGUUGCAGAUGAUGUACGCUGGUUCAAAAAUAGCCCUCCAACAAGAAGCAGAUCUCACGAGGGGAUAUGAGAUUAGAGAGUUGGAAGAUUUAACAGAGGAAUGGUUAUUGGGAAAAUUAGGUAAUUGAGUAUUUUAAUAUUCCAGAUUUUCAUUCUAAGGAUGACACCGGGCAUUUGGAGUCCUCUGAUGUGUUCCUUUAUCUUUAUAAAUAUAUUAUAUUCAAAUUUCGUUUCAGAAUGUAGGAAUACUCAAUAAUUGCAUUAUU